GCCCAGGUUAACCGUGACAGGCAGGGUCGAAGCAGCCUGUCUCCUAAAUUACCUGUAUAGUAUCGAAGGUAGCGUAAAACUGCUACAAACAACAGGUAUACACCGAGUACACUCAGCGAGAAGAGAAACCAUCCGCCAAACAGCAAGUUUGUUGGCCAAACCUGGAAAACGUGCCUACGGAAAUUUCCGCUCUUCGGUCGCAUCUUUUUUUUCUGCGUUAUUACAGUAAUCCGGGGAGCCUCUCUCCGUGCACUGCCACUCUCCGUGUUGAAUCUCUGCGUCAGUGAGUCAGGGGGCUCGAAACACAGACACUGUCUGAUCUUUUUUUUUUCGCCGACAUUCGAGGGGGAAAGAAAAACAGCGGAAAGAAACGGAAAAAGCACCUCAGACGAAAAAAACCAAAAGGCAACAGAUUUCCACUGCUGAGUUUGUUUUGCUCUUUUUAGUGGGACGACGGACUCACAAAGAUCAGUUUUACUCUUUUUCGUGCUGCGACACUCACUGAGUUCUGUGUGUGUUGUGUGUGUGUGCUCGUGUCGUGGGGAAAGACCGUCAGCUGUCCUGCCUUGACCACCUCGAGUCGAUCAGUUUCACCCCCAAACUACCACAACAUCAGCAAUAAUUAUGAGGGAAAUCGUGCACGUACAGGCUGGCCAAUGCGGCAACCAGAUCGGAUCAAAG